UCAGCAGUGACGUUGUUACGACAAAGUGUCGUGGAAGUGAAUGUCUCGGCUAGUCGGCUAACAGAUAAUGGCUAAACAUCAUCCGGAUUUGAUUUUCUGCCGAAAGCAAGCGGGCGUCGCCAUCGGGAGGCUUUGUGAAAAAUGUGAUGGGAAGUGUGUUAUCUGCGACUCUUACGUCAGGCCUUGCACACUUGUACGUAUAUGUGACGAAUGUAACUACGGGUCGUAUCAAGGACGCUGUGUGAUAUGUGGAGGUCCAGGGGUAUCAGAUGCUUACUACUGCAAGGAAUGCACUAUUCAGGAGAAAGACCGAGACGGCUGCCCUAAGAUCGUGAACCUCGGCAGCUCUAAGACUGACCUCUUUUACGAGAGAAAAAAAUAUGGCUUCAAAAAGAGGUGAAGAUGUGGAAGAUGACCUUUUGCAUGUGUUUAGCAGCAUUCUUUUUACAAGUGUUCUCUUUUUCGAUGUAAUAAAUACAACUUGGUGUUGUA